AUGGGGUCAAAUCCAGGCGAUGUCGAUGUCUCGGAACUUCUUACCAAGUUGACGCUGGAAGAGAAGGUCUCUCUUCUGGCCGGAGUCGAUUGGUGGCGGACGCCUGUCAUCAAAAGGCCGUCAGUAUUCGUACCACACAUCAAGUUCACCGACGGGCCAAAUGGCGCGCGAGGCGAAAGUUAUGUGAGCGGCAUCAAGGCAGCGUGCUUCCCAUGCGGCACCUGCGUAGGAGCGACAUUUGAUGCCGACCUUGCGUACCGGGUCGGAGGAGCCGUUGCCAAAGAAGCAAAGACAAAGUCUGCCGUCGCGCUCCUUGGACCGACCAUGAACGUCAUCCGCUCUCCUCUAGGCGGUCGGAACUAUGAGACCUUUUCCGAGGACCCUUUCAUGCUCGGCAUCCUCGGUGCUGCCUACGUGCGCGGCUGCCAGGCGGAGGGCAUCGCCGCGACGCCCAAGCACUUCGUCGCAAACGACGCCGAGAAUCGGAGAACCAAGCUCUCAGUGGAGGUAGACGAGCAGACCUUGCGCGAGAUUUAUUUACGGCCCUUUCAGAUGGUCAUGAAGCUGUCUGACCCGUGGUGUUUCAUGACGAGUUACAACAAGGUCAAUGGAACCUAUGUUCCCGACAGCCGGCGGCUGGUUCAAGAUGUGCUCCGAGAAGAGUGGGGAUUCAAGGGCACUGUGGUCUCCGACUGGGCGGGCACAUACUCGACAGCGCCAGGUAUAGAAGCGGGCGUGGAUAUCGAGAUGCCUGGCCCUCCAAAGUGGCGCACCAAGGACGCAGUCACCAAGGCCGUCGAGGCGGGCACACUCAGCCAAGCCAAGGUUGAUGCUAGCGCAAGACGAGUCUUGGAGCUCGCAAAGAGGCUGGGGUGCUUUGAGUAUCCGGAUGAGCCACCGGAGCGAGCUGUUGAAGAUGCGGCAAGAGACGAGCUCAUCAAGGUUGUCGGAGCCAACGGCCUCACAGUCUUGAAGAACGAGCAAGUCCUGCCCAUCCCCGAGGGGUCCACAGUGGCUGUCAUCGGCCAGCACGCUACGUCGAUUGUCCUGGGUGGGGGCGGAAGCGCUCGUGUGGAUGCGCUGCACACUGUCAACGUCCCUACAGGGUUUGAGAAGCUGGGCUACACGACCAAGGUUGCAGCCGGAGUACCCGUCUUUGGCGCAGUCCCUCAUGCCGACCCCGCAAUCGUGUUUGAGACCGGCAAGCAGGAGCUUACCGCAAACCCCGUGAAACUCGAGUGGUUCAACGGAUCUGUCAUUGGGGAGAAUCUCGCACAUGAAGAGAGGAGGCCACAAGCAGAAUACAUGAUCAAGGAGAAGUGGCCGUCCUAUCUUGAGAGAGAUUGCUGCACCAGGAUCACGUUUGACCUCGUUGCUCCCAGCACGGGAGACCACAUCCUUUCGGUGAUCAGCACGGGAAGAGCCCUGUGCUAUGUCAACGACCAACUCGUCUUCACUCGAGAACAAGAAAAAGACUUGCGGCUGGAGUCGUUCUACUUCUUCAAGCGACAACUAGAGAAGCGUUUCACCUACAGCAUGACCGCCGGCCAGCGGUAUUCCAUCCGGCUCGAAUCGUGGGCUACAGAAGAGCAUCUCCUAGCGGCAUUGGACUGGAAGAUGUUUCAGGGAAGCGCUAUCCGGUUCCACGAGCAUAUCGACAUCCCCCAACGGCUUGAAGAGGCUGCUAAUAUCGCCAAGUCGUGUGACUAUGCGGUUGUCUGCGUCGGUAACGUCAAUGAGGUUGAGUCAGAGGGCUUCGACCGCGAGACCAUGGAUCUGCCCGGGGAGCAAUACAAGCUGAUACAGUCAGUCAUCUCAGCAAACCCCAAGUCGGUGGUUGUCAAUUUCACCGGAGCCCCAGUGGCCAUGACUCAGUUUGUCGACACGGCACCAGCCAUUGUCCAAGCCUGGUUCCCAGGCCAGGAGGCGGGUGACUCGGUUGCCGCCGUCCUCUCUGGGAAUGUCAACCCCAGUGGCAGACUGCCCCUAUCCUGGCCCAAGAGAAUUGAGGACAAUUCCUCGUUCGGCAACUUCCCCGUAGACUCACACGACAUCCUUCGCUACGAGGAGGGCCUUGAUGUGGGCUACAAAUGGUACGAUCGACCUGAUGCGCCCGAACCGCUGUUUCCCUUCGGAUUUGGUCUGUCAUACACUACUUUCAGUCUUGAAAGUGCUUCCAUUCUCGGGCAGGAUGCCAUUUCUGAUAAGAACGGAUACAUUACUGUCAAAGCCACAGUCAAGAACACCGGGAUGAGAGCUGGAAAAUGCCUGGUGCAAUUCUAUGUGGCCAGGACGCCUUCAGACAAAGGCUAUGUCACUCUUGCACCUCUCAAACGGCUCGAAGGUGUUGCCAAGGUUCAUGUCGAGCCUAGCGAGACCCAAGAGGCCGUUGUUCAGCUCGAUAAAUAUGCUGUGAGCUCGUACGACAAGGACAACUCUUGUUGGUUAGCUGAGAAAGGCGCCUAUCAAGUGUUGGUAGGGCUGUCAAGUGUGGAUAUUGCACACAGGAUCAACUUCUCCCUGCCGGAUUCAUUCACUUGGCAAGGCGUCUGA